AUGGACGCGCAAGCCACCGCCACCGCCACCGCCACCGCCACCUUCCUUGCAUGCCCGCCACGCCCUCUCCCUCUUUCUCUUCUUCGCUUGAUUAGUCCUUCGUGGAACGAGGCGCUGGCGACGGAGGCGCCUUACGCGCCGCUGACCUACGAGAGGCGGGUUCGGACUGACCUGGAGAGGACACUUCCGAAGCCCUAUCUGCCCAGGGCAUUGAAAGCUCCUGAUACUGACCAUCCUCAUGGAACACCAGGCCAUAGGAGUAACAAUCUCACUGUUCUUCAGCAGCAUUGUGCCUUCUUCGACCAGGAUGGCAAUGGAAUUGUCUACCCUUGGGAGACUUACAUUGGGUUACGUGCAAUAGGUUUCAACAUGAUUGCCUCUCUGAUCAUGGCAAUUGGUAUCAAUGUGGGACUAAGUUAUCCAACCCUACCUGGUUGGUUUCCUUCUCCCUUCUUCCCCAUUUACAUAGACAACAUACACAAAGACAAGCACGGAAGUGACACUGGAACAUAUGACACUGAAGGAAGGUACAUACCGGCACAUCUUGAGAACAUGUUCAGCAAAUAUGCUCGUACUGUUCCUGACAAGAUGACCCUUGGAGAACUUUGGGAUAUGACUGAAGGGAAUCGAAAUACAUUCGAUAUCUUUGGCUGGGUUGCCAGCAAGUUUGAAUGGGGAAUUUUGUACAUCUUGGCAAGGGACGAGGAUGGCAUGCUGUCAAAAGAGGCCGUGAGACGCUGCUACGAUGGGAGUUUAUUCGACUAUUGUGCCAAGAUGCAAAUGGGAGCUGAAGGAAAGAUGGGCUAAACUAGCAGCCGUGUGUAGUCGGUCACUUCUUGUGUAAUGAGCAGCAAAUAUGACCGGUGUGCAGACAAGAAAACCACGUUUGUUUUAGAUUCAUAGUCUGGAAUCCCCUCUUGUUAAAUAAGAGUUGAACAUACUUUCUUUGCUUAAAUAAUGAAAGACUGCCCUAAU